AUGGGAGCCGCGGCCAGCGGGACAAGAGCAGAACCAAGUGGUGCCGCUGACGCCGUGGAGGAGAGUCCACCUUUCAGAAACGCAGUCCUGGUGAAAACCCCCCUGCAGGGCAAGUCCCUGGCCAGCCCUCCCCUACUCGGAGCUGUGUCCAUGUCAGGGAGCACCCGCCUCGUCCUCAGGCAGUACAGUGCUCCCCCCGUGCACUUCUGCCCCGCGCUCCGGCCUCCUGGGGACCUGGCCGGUGCCCGCACGCGCCCCGUCACCACGUCACCGUCCCCAGGCGGCCCUGCCAGUGCCUCGCCCUCGCCUGCCGUGCACAGCCCUCCGGGGCCCCGCCGUCCACCCCGGGCUCGGCCCGCGGUGCCUCGUGGUUUCUCCCGCUACACGGCCGGGCCGAGCCGGGAGCGGCCUCCGUCAAACGUCACCGAGGCACGUCCGCCAGGACGCGGUCCGGCGCCGAGCUUGGCCGACAGCGCGCAGCCCUCCAUCAGAGUCCGGGGCCAGCUGUGUCGGGAGGCCUGCACAUACGCGUCCACGGGACGGCGUCAGAACGGCCCCUGGCUUUUAUGCAGGGACACCGUACUCCCGAAAGAGGGUGCAGGGCCCCGCCUGGGCUCCCAGCUCCGUCGGAGGGUCCUCCCCUGGGCGAGCCCCGCCGCGCAUGCAGGUGAACACGGGGCCCUCGGUGCGCCGCCCACGGGGACUCAGGCACAGGAAGUGGCGCCGAUCCGAGGCCCUGCGUCCCUGCGCCGCCCGCUCCUCUCGUUCAGCGGCGAGGACGCGGGGCAGCCCUGCUUCCACCCGCGGCACUCCCCGCACAGGCCGGUGGCGCCCUGCCCUCAGCUCUGGAAGCGCCCUCCCUCACUGGGCCUGGAGGAGGCCGCCCCCCCUCGGGCACGGAGCCACGACACAGCGGAUGGACAAGCCUCUUCCUGCAACACCCCACUGACUUCCUGA